AUGGACCAGUCUCCCUUCCCCCUGUCUCCAGCUCCUCAACAAGAGGACACACAGCCAUUCAUGGACCAGUCUCCCUUCCCCCUGUCUCCAGCUCCUCAACAAGAGGACACAGCCAUUCAUGGACCAGUCUCCCUUCCCCUGUCUCCAGCUCCUCAACAAGAGGACACAGCCAUUCAUGGACCAGUCUCCCUUCCCCCUGUCUCCAGCUCCUCAACAAGAGACACACAGCCAUUCAUGGACCAGUCUCCCUUCCCCUGUCUCCAGCUCCUCAACAAGAGGACACACAGCCAUUCAUGGACCAGUCUCCCUUCCCCCUGUCUCCAGCUCCUCAACAAGAGGACACAGCCAUUCAUGGACCAGUCUCCCUUCCCCCUGUCUCCAGCUCCUCAACAAGAGGACACACAGCCAUUCAUGGACCAGUCUCCCUUCCCCCUGUCUCCAGCUCCUCAACAAGAAGACACACAGCCAUUCAUGGACCAGUCUCCCUUCCCCUGUCUCCAGCUCCUCAACAAGAGACACAGCCAUUCAUGGACCAGUCUCCCUUCCCGGUGUCUCCAGCUCCUCAACAAGAAGACACACUCAUUCAUGGACCAGUCUCCUCAACAAGAGGCCAUACUGUGUUGCUAA